UAACAUUCAAAAGCCCGUAUAAUCAAGCUUUAGCUACCGUGCCUGGCACGUGUACACACGGUAUCUAGGGCUAGAAUGACUCACUCGUUCACCUCUAGACGAUGCCUUCCAGAUGGAGUCAGUCAGCAGGAAGUGCAGCGACUUCUUGACCAAAACAUGCAACUAAUUCAGGCGAUUGUAGAUUAUCAGAACAAGGGCAGAGCGCACGAAUGUGCUCAAUACCAGCAGCUGCUGCAUAAAAAUCUUGUCUAUUUGGCGUCUUUGGCAGAUUCAGUCAGCAGCAAACCGGAGCAGAAUCCGUCAGCUAGCACUGGUGUUCUUGUGCAGACUCCAGUUGAUGGUAUUGGGACUCAGGUGGGAGCUAAUGCAGCGGCAACGUAUGGAAGAAGACCUUCGGCAGAAGGUGUCUCAGUUGGCAAUCAACCUCUACAUGGGCACCCACUACCAGGGCAACAACUGUCUGGUGGAAUUCACCAAUCUCAGACACUAGCACCGCCUCUCCCACGACAGUCGCCUAUACAAUCUCCUACUUCAGCUACAUUCAGUCAUCCCGUGAGCCACAUAACAACAGGAUACCCAAACCAACAAAGCCCGAUGCAAGGUCAACCGAGACCAGUUGUAGCUACCACAGCAACAAACCAGUUUAUGACCUUUCAGAGACACGUGCCGAUAACAACAUAUUCAGAGCAGGUAGCGAGACAGUCAAGCUACACGCCACCGACACAACCGAUGUAUGCAAGUCAGUCGCAAGGCAACCAGUCGGCACAGCUACCAUACUCACCUCAGGCUCAACACUCUCCCAGCAAUUUUCAGACAAUGGCACAACAGCUGCCAGCACAGCAGAGAUACCCUUCUCAGUAUUCGGCUGCCAGUCCUCUAACCCAGCGUGAUAAUGCGGGAGUUCAUGCACAGCAGCAGCAACAGCAGCCACUAGAUCAAAGGUUUCUAGCGCCUCAACAGAACAUGCCAACAGCAGGACCCUUUUUUGGAACUGCUGAUCAAUCUCAGUUACUGCCUCCAUAGAGUAAAGAUAGUUUGAAAUUGAUACAUAAAACGAUACGUAACGUCACGUGCUAAUAAAGAGGAAGUGCUUUGCGUCAUUGCGUUAUCCGGGUCGUCGGC